ACGUCUUCUACAAUCUAUACAGACCUUUCACCCGCGUCUCCAUAUUUUCCACCGCCGAUUCUCUCACCACCAAUCUCCGCCGAUGACUCUCAUGACUCCCCCUCCCAUUGAUGCAGAAGAGGAAGAGAUGCUAGUUCCACAUUCCGAUUUCGCUCCCGUGGAAGGCCCUCAACCUAUGGAAGUUGCUCCAGCAGAAGCUGCUAGUGCUGUUGAAGCACCUACUGUCGACGAUCCACCAUCAGCACGGUUUACAUGGACUAUUGAAAAUUUCUCCAGAGUGAAUUCGAAGAAGCUGUACUCUGAUGUGUUCUUUGUCGGUGGUUAUAAAUGGCGAGUUCUUAUAUUUCCGAAAGGAAACAAUGUUGACCAUCUGUCUAUGUAUCUUGAUGUCGCUGAUUCGUCAUCUCUGCCUUAUGGUUGGAGUAGAUAUGCUCAAUUCAGCUUAGCAGUGGUUAAUCAAAUUCAUAAUAAGUUCACAAUUAGAAAAGAUACACAACACCAGUUCAAUCAACGAGAGAGUGAUUGGGGUUUCACUUCAUUUAUGCCUCUAAGUGAGUUAUAUGAUCCCAGUAGAGGCUAUCUUCUGAAUGAUACAUGUAUAGUUGAAGCUGAUGUGGCAGUCCGGAAGGUUGUCGAUUACUGGUCACAUGAUUCAAAAAAGGAGACUGGUUUUGUCGGCCUUAAAAAUCAAGGAGCUACUUGCUAUAUGAACUCCCUGCUACAGACAUUAUAUCACAUUCCUUAUUUUAGGAAGGCUGUGUAUCAUAUGCCAACAACUGAGAAUGAUAUGCCAUCAGGGAGCAUUCCUUUGGCUUUGCAGAGUUUAUUCUAUAAGCUUCAAUACAGUGACACAAGCGUCGCCACAAAGGAGUUGACAAAAUCUUUUGGUUGGGAUACAUAUGAUUCUUUUAUGCAGCAUGAUGUUCAAGAACUCAAUCGAGUUCUCUGUGAGAAGCUGGAAGACAAAAUGAAGGGAACUGUUGUGGAGGGUACAAUUCAGCAGUUAUUUGAAGGACACCAUAUGAAUUAUAUUGAAUGCAUAAAUGUUGACUACAAAUCAACAAGAAAGGAGUCUUAUUAUGAUCUUCAGCUUGAUGUUAAAGGAUGUCAAGAUGUAUAUGCCUCUUUUGACAAGUAUGUGGAAGUUGAAAGGCUUGAAGGUGACAACAAAUAUCAUGCUGAACAACAUGGUUUACAGGAUGCAAAGAAGGGUGUGUUGUUUAUUGAUUUCCCUCCUGUUCUCCAACUCCAGUUGAAACGUUUUGAAUAUGACUUCAUGCGUGACACGAUGGUGAAGAUUAAUGAUCGUUAUGAGUUCCCACUGCAACUUGAUCUUGAUAGAGAAGAUGGAAAAUAUUUAUCUCCCCAGGCAGACAGAACUGUUCGCAAUCUUUACACUCUUCACAGUGUAUUGGUUCACAGCGGUGGGGUACAUGGCGGACAUUAUUAUGCCUAUAUCCGACCGACACUUUCUGAUCAAUGGUUUAAGUUUGAUGAUGAACGUGUGACCAAAGAAGACUUGAAGAGGGCAUUGGAUGAACAGUAUGGGGGCGAGGAGGAGCUACCUCAAGCAAAUCCUGGGUUCAAUAACUCCCCGUUCAAAUUUACAAAGUAUUCAAAUGCAUAUAUGCUUGUGUAUAUACGUGAAAGUGACAAGGAUAAAAUAAUAUGUAAUGUGGACGAGAAAGAUAUAGCGGAGCACCUGAGAAUACGGUUGAAGAAAGAGCAAGAAGAAAAAGAGCAAAAAAGGAAGGAGAAAGCAGAGGCACAUUUAUAUACGAUUAUUAAGGUUGCUCGAGAUGAGGACCUUCGUGAACAGAUAGGGAAAGAUAUAUAUUUUGAUUUAGUGGAUCAUGACAAAGUUCGUAGCUUCCGCAUCCAGAAACAGACAUCUUUUACCCUUUUCAAGGAAGAUGUAGCUAAGGAAUUGGGUAUACCAGUGCAAAACCAACGUUUCUGGCUAUGGGCAAAGCGCCAAAAUCACACUUAUCGACCAAAUCGUCCCUUGACGCCUCUAGAAGAAGCUCAGUCUGUUGGACACUUGAAAGAGGUAUCGAAUAAGGCAAACAAUGCUGAGCUUAAGUUGUUUCUGGAAGUAGAACAUGGACCGGAUCUACGCCCAAUUCCUCCACCUGAGAAGACUAAGGAAGAGAUUUUACUUUUCUUUAAAGUCUAUGAUCCAUUGAAGGAGGAACUUCGGUAUGUAGGGCGGCUUUUUGUGAAGGGUACUGGAAAGCCAAUCGAAAUAUUGGCAAGGCUGAAUGAGCUGGCAGGCUUUGCACCUGAUGAAGAAAUCGAAUUAUUUGAGGAAAUUAAGUUUGAACCCAAUGUUAUGUGUGAACACAUUGACAAGAAGCUAACUUUCCGGGGUAGUCAGCUUGAAGACGGGGACAUCAUUUGUCUUCAGAAAUCUCUCAAGGUCGAAAAUACAGAAACAUGUCGCUAUCCUGAUGUUCCGUCUUUUCUGGAGUAUGUGCACAAUCGACAGGUUGUACGAUUUCGUUCACUGGAGAAGCCCAAGGAGGAUGAGUUCUCUCUGGAAUUGUCAAAACUGAACAAUUAUGAUGAUGUUGUAGAAAGACUUGCCCGCCAUCUAAAUUUAAAUGAUCCAUCUAAAAUUAGGCUUACAUCUCACAACUGCUACUCUCAGCAACCUAAACCACAGCCAAUUAAGUAUCGUGGUGUUGAACAUCUCUCAGAUAUGCUGGCCCACUAUAAUCAGACUUCAGAUAUUUUGUAUUAUGAAGUACUGGAUAUCCCUUUGCCAGAAUUGCAAGGCCUGAAAACUCUGAAAGUUGCAUUUCAUCAUGCUACUAAAGAUGAAGUGGUAAUACAUACUAUCAGAUUGCCAAAGCAAAGCACUGUGGGGGAUGUGAUCAAUGAUCUCAAGACAAAGGUUGAGUUAUCUAAUCGAGAUGCAGAGCUUCGAUUACUUGAGGUUUUCUAUCACAAAAUCUACAAGAUUUUCCCUCUGAAUGAGAAAAUAGAGAAUAUCAAUGAUCAAUACUGGACAUUACGUGCUGAGGAGGUUCCAGAUGAAGAAAAGGAUCUGGGUCCUCAGGAUCGCUUGAUUCAUGUUUACCAUUUUACAAAAGACACGGCUCAAAACCAGCAGGUCCAAAACUUCGGGGAACCAUUCUUCUUGGUCAUUCGUGAGGGUGAGACGUUAGCUGAAGUGAAAGUACGGAUACAGAAGAAGUUACAGGUUCCAGACGAGGAGUUUUCAAAGUGGAAGUUUGCAUUUUUAUCUUUGGGCCGUCCGACAUAUCUCCAGGACUCGGAUAUUGUCUCCACCCGAUUUCAGAGAAGAGAUGUUUAUGGGGCCUGGGAACAAUAUUUGGGAUUGGAGCACUCUGACAAUACACCCAAGAGGGCAUAUGCUGCAAAUCAGAACCGUCACACAUUUGAGAAACCGGUUAGAAUUUACAACUAAGUGAGAGAAUAAUGUCAGCUGAAGCUGCUGCAAGUUGGCCGAGUUAUUACCUUGCAAAUGCACUGUAGCUUUCUGGGGAAGCAUCAAUUAAACCACAUGAACCUAGCAGCAAGAGAAUGCAAGCAUAAUCAUCGCUCUGGUAGAUGUGUAAUUCUUUGUGAAAAAGGUAGCAUAUCAUAUAGAAGCACAUGCUCUUUCUUGUGUAGCAUCCUCUUCAGGGUGAUGUAGUUUAGGUUAUAUUUCCCAUCUUCCAUUCGAGUGUACCUUAGAGCAUGCAUAAGAUUUUGGGUUAAUAUUGUAUAGAAGUAUAGUUUGUGUCUCUAAACUUCAACUUUCAUUUGCCUUUACUUCAUUUCAGAUGUUCUACAUUGUAACUCUAGUUAUACGAAGUUAGAGAUGAGAUAUCCUUGUAAUGUCAUUUAUUACUGAUUGAUCCAAACUUUUCUCAUUUGACAUAUCCAAUAAAAUCUCAACUGUUGAUGCA